GGGAGCCCAAUCUGAUGGGGAGCAGAGCCUGGCACUCGGCAACCUUCGGCGGUUUCCGUGGGGGCCCGGCCGCCAUUUUCUCGUUGCCUCUCUCCGCUCGCUGCCUGCGCGGCUCCCUGCCCUGCUCGCCAGCGCUUUGUCUUGUUCGGCGAUGGACGGCAUUGUCACUGAUGUUGCAGUUGGCGUGAAGAGAGGAUCUGACGAACUUCUUUCAGGCAGUGUACUCAAUAGUCCGAACUCUAACAUGAGCAGCAUGGUAGUUACUGCCAAUGGUAAUGACAACAAGAAAUUCAAAGCAGAGGAUAAAAUGGAUGGGGCUCCUUCUCGUGUUCUUCAUAUCAGGAAAUUGCCUGGUGAAGUGACAGAAACAGAAGUUAUUGCUUUAGGCUUACCUUUUGGUAAGGUAACCAACAUCCUGAUGCUAAAAGGAAAAAAUCAGGCUUUUUUGGAGCUGGCAACAGAAGAAGCAGCUAUCACUAUGGUUAAUUACUAUUCUGCUGUGACACCUCAUCUUCGUAACCAACCCAUCUAUAUUCAGUAUUCUAAUCAUAAAGAGCUAAAGACUGAUAAUACACUAAACCAGCGGGCUCAGGCUGUUCUUCAGGCAGUGACAGCAGUACAGACAACAAAUACUCCCAUUAGUGGAACUACUGUUAGUGAGAGUGCCGUGACUCCAGCUCAGAGUCCAGUACUUAGAAUAAUUAUUGACAACAUGUACUACCCUGUAACCCUGGAUGUUCUUCACCAAAUAUUCUCUAAAUUUGGUGCUGUGUUGAAAAUAAUCACAUUCACAAAGAAUAACCAAUUUCAAGCUUUACUGCAAUAUGGUGAUCCAGUAAAUGCACAGCAAGCAAAAUUGGCAUUAGAUGGUCAAAAUAUUUAUAAUGCUUGCUGUACCCUACGGAUUGAUUUUUCCAAACUGGUGAAUUUAAAUGUGAAGUACAACAAUGAUAAAAGUAGGGACUAUACUCGACCUGAUCUUCCAUCUGGUGAUGGGCAACCAGCAUUGGACCCAGCUAUUGCUGCAGCAUUUGCAAAGGAGACUUCACUUCUAGGGCUUCCUGUUGCAGCUGUUCCAGGAGCGCUGAGUCCUUUGGCUAUUCCGAAUGCUGCUGCUGCAGCAGCCGCUGCUGCUGCUGGCCGAGUGGGUAUGCCUGGAGUCUCAGCUGGUGGCAAUACAGUCCUCCUGGUUAGCAAUUUAAAUGAAGAGAUGGUUACGCCCCAAAGUCUGUUUACCCUCUUCGGUGUUUAUGGGGAUGUGCAGCGUGUGAAGAUUUUAUACAAUAAGAAAGACAGUGCUCUUAUACAGAUGGCAGAUGGGAACCAGUCACAGCUGGCCAUGAGUCAUCUUAAUGGACAAAAAAUGUAUGGAAAGAUUAUUCGAGUUACCCUUUCCAAGCAUCAGACAGUACAGCUACCUCGAGAGGGACUUGAUGACCAAGGGCUCACUAAAGAUUUUGGUAAUUCACCCUUGCAUCGCUUCAAGAAACCUGGCUCAAAAAAUUUUCAGAAUAUAUUCCCUCCAUCUGCAACACUUCAUCUGUCCAAUAUUCCACCAUCAGUAGCAGAAGAUGAUCUGCGCACACUGUUUGCUAACACUGGAGGCACUGUGAAAGCAUUUAAAUUUUUUCAAAGAGAUCACAAGAUGGCACUUCUUCAGAUGUCAACAGUGGAAGAAGCUAUUCAGGCUUUGAUUGAUCUGCAUAAUUACAAUCUUGGAGAAAAUCACCAUCUGAGAGUUUCUUUCUCCAAAUCAACGAUUUAAAAUGGGAGAUAAAAAAUGAAGGUGUAUCGCAUUGUUCAGUGUCGUCACCUAUUGACUGUUCAGGAGAGUGGGGACCAGAGUUUGACUUCUGUCUUUCAUGCUGUUAUCAUUCCUUGGUUGUUUUUAAAAAAAACAUUCAUAAGAAAAUAAAAGCAGUGAUAUUAACUGUUGGUUUUUCAUCUGUUGUUUAGAGAAACAUCGUUUUGUUUAAAAGGGUUUCAAGUUAAGCCCACAGUUUUUCAAGUUAGUUGACAUACGUGCCUUAAAAAGGAAAACUAGUGUUGCUAGAAUUGCAUUUGCUAGUAAAAUGAAUUUGGUUGGCUGGGGCACAGUGUUACAUGAGAAUUAAAAUAUAUUUAGGCAGGGGUGUGUUAAAAAGGUUAAGGUUUUUGUUUCUCCUGCUUGGAAUUCUUUUAUUACUUAUUGGGUUGUCACGUACCUUCCUUUUUAAUCAGAUAAGAUACAUUACUUUGAAAGAUUAAAACACAGUAUAUUUUAUUUCUACUACUUUAACUUUUUUUUUGUAAAUGGCCUGUAUUUCAUGAUUCUGGUCUAGAUUCAGUUAUGAAUGUAGGCAUUAGAGAAAAUUAACAAGGUACAGAAUAUUAAUUUCUUGAAGGAGAAAAAAGUGAUUUCUGUGUUUUUGAGCCCUAUGUGGAAAGCAUUGUGGGUGGAAUCUUAACCUUUUUGUACACACUCUUGUGGGACGUAUCAUAUAAAUGUCAGCACUAAGUAAUGUCUUGUUUGUGGUUGAAUAUUUUUCGUAGAUGUUUUUGAAGUUGACAUGACUUAUGUGCAUUUAAAUAUAUAUUGCCAUCUUUAGUUUGUAAUUAAGAUUUGGAAUAUGGUUGUGGAUUUCUGAGCAUGUGCAGACUGGUCUAGCUAGUUCAGGAACUGGUGCAUGUAUUUUUCAAAGAUGAAGAAAGUGUACUGUGAACACUUGCAGGAAGGUUAAUUUUGUGGCAGUUUUUUAAAACUGACAACCAGGUGGGACCAAAGUUUAUGUGCCUUUAGUCUUAAUUUACCUUGCAUUGUAAUAUUCAGUUUUAAUAAAUCUCUUCAAAAUAUUUUGUAUUUAGAAAUCGAUCUGACUUUACUAUAAACAUGGCUCAGAAUCUACAGAUCAAAUUAUUUUGAAAACAGUUCUUCUGUCAUUCUGAACUGUUUAAUCUGAUUCUGUUUAAAUGACCAAUGCUUUUUGAAAUUGAUGUACUUAGUUUCAAGAUUCAUAGAUUCUGUUAUCUAUGUAGAAAAAGGUCAUGUAUAUUUUCUAUUAGUUAAGUUUUUACAUCUUUAGAAAUGUAAAAUUCAGUAUAGUUUGAAAGCGGCACAAUUAAAAAUUAAUUUUCUAACAAA